UGUGAAUAUCGUAUUGAAAAGCCUGUUUACUGCAGUUUGAGUCGAGAGUGAUUUAAUUUUGUAAAGUAACAUAACUUGGAAAGUGCUCUAAAUUGAAUUUGAACCAUAGGAUUGAUAACAUUAGAAAUCGGCGUGAGCAAAGUCGGUCAGCUGUUGGUAUAAAUGGAGGCAGGAUCUCUUCAUCACAUUGAAUUCGGAGUUUCAGAUGGAGAAUCCUUCGUCAAUUCCUUUAAGCGAAAGUUUGGUUUUCAUUGUAUGGCAUAUAGAUCUCGUCGCUACUGUAAACAGUGGGUACUUAAAGCCGGAAAAGCAACAUUAUUGGUGACUGAACCAGAUUCAAGGUGUCACCUUGAAAAUACUUCUACGGAAAAUGUGAGGAAAGUUACUGCCAACGACCCAUUAUUUAACUGUUGGUGGACUUUGGAGAGUAAUAAAGUUUAUGACAAGGAUUCAGUUUUUAACGUUGCACUUAAAGUGACAGAUUUAAAGCAGGUUAUCAACAAUGUAGUGAAAGGUGGAGGGGAGGUAAUUGCAUCACCUCAGAGUCUGAAAGAUGAACAUGGAAAAGUAGACAUUGCUGUUGUUAAAUCGUGUGUUGGUAAUGUGUAUCAUACAUUGUUAAGUUAUAAUGAAUAUUCCGGUGAUUUUCUGCCAGGUUUUAACCCACCUGAAAACAAUCUGAUAGAAGUUAAUGUCAAUUACAAUGGCUUAGUAACCCACAUAGAUCAUAUAGCUUUUGUAUGUGAACAAGGCUCAACACCUCAUGUACUUCAAUGGUAUGAGGAAUGCUUUAGCAUGAAGAGGUUUUUCAUCAACAGCAAUGAAGAUGAAGAUGAGGGGUUUUUGAUCAGUGACACAGGCAUAGGGAUGAGAAUGAAAGCUAUGGAAUACUGGAGAUGUUCAGAGACUGGCCUUACCUCAGGAAGAAGUCAAGACUCCAUCAGAUUUGUCCUUGUAGAAUCCUUAAAGGGCCAAGGAGCAAACCAGGUGGACAUUUUCUUGGAGGACCAUGGGGGCCCUGGAGUCCAGCAUGUAGGGCUGUAUACCCCAGAUAUCAUGACAGCUGUCUCCACUUUCAAGGAAAGUGGUGUCCAGUUUGUGGAACCACCACCAGCAUAUUACACAGAUGAUAUAAAGCUGUCUGAGAUAAAGAAGGUGAGGUUCCAUGUGGAGGAUCUCAGAUCUAAUGGGGUGUUACUAGAUACUGAGGCUGAUGCUGAUCAAGAGCUUGAAAACCAUUGCGAAACCAAUAGAUACCUGCUACAGAAAUUUACCAAACCAAUUUUCAGCAAAAGGACAUUUUUCCUGGAACUUAUUCAAAGAGUAGGAGCCCAGGGGUUUGGUGCAGGCAACAUCACAGCCUUGUGGAGAGCAGUCCAGGCUUACAUGACUGAAAACAGCAGCUCUUGACGUCAAUUAAAGCUUAGGAAAAUGACAUUUUAAACCUUUACAAAAAAUUUUGUUGCCUCAAAGUGCCAAUAAAUCCUGUCUCAAUUA